AUGCAAAAGCAAGCUUUAAGAAGACUAAAACUCCUGGAGCAUCAGAUUUUAGGAAUCAAGGUGAACAAUACUUCUUCACAACAGAAGCUGAAGGAUGAGAAUGGUAAUUAUCAGACCAUCGAUCUGCUUUACAGAGAGGGCAGGAACAAGCUAGACUGGUUCAAAGAGAAAGGAUGGGGCUUUAAGGACACAGAGUUCGUCAUUGAUGACAAAACAGGCAAAGUCGGCCUCACAGGGGAUAGAUAUGUCUUCAGUGGAAAGCUCAUGCCUGAUUUUAGGACCUGGGCUGAAAGCAAGAUUGGCAUUGAUAUUGAUAAAAUAGCUGUUGCACAGAAAGCUAUGGAUGUAGAUCCUCCUACCUUUAAUGAGGAAUUUUUGGAUUCUUUGGAUUACAAUUUCUCAAGGAUUAGUUUUGAUGAUAAGGAGAGGAUGAUGCAUUCUCAUGGUCACUGCUUGCAGGAUGUGUUCUCCCUCAGAUACGGAAAGUUCAAGAGAUUUGUCGAUUGUGUUAUCUAUCCUGGAUCUACAAAACACGUCCAAAAGAUAGUCGAAUUGGCAAAUGAAAAUAAUGUCGUCAUUGUUCCAUAUGGUGGAGGUACAAACGUCACCCAAGCCCUUGAGCUCCCAGAUGACGAGACAAGGAUGAUCAUCUCUUUAGAUAUGACCAGGAUGAAUAAGAUCAAGUGGGUUGAUAGAGCUAACAUGACUGCCUGUAUUGAGUCUGGAAUUAUUGGAUCCGAUCUCAACAGAGAGCUCGAGAAAUACGAUGUUGUACUUGGUCACGAGCCAGAUUCUCUCGAAUUCUCUAGUUUGGGAGGGUGGAUUUCCACCAAGGCUUCAGGAAUGAAGAAGAAUGAGUACGGAAAUAUUGAAGACAUUGUUCAAGCUAUCACUAUUGUUACUCCAACCGGAACCUUUGAGAGGUACAACCAGUGCCCAAGAGUUUCUCAUGGGCCUGAAUUGAACCAUUUCAUCCUCGGUUCAGAAGGAAAUUUGGGUGUCAUUACUGAGUGUGUUCUCAGAGUCAGAGAAGUACCAGAAGCUAAGGUCUAUGGAUCAAUUGUCUUCCCAGACUUCGACAGCGGAACCAAGUUCAUGAGAGAGGUUGGAAGAAGCAAGAUCUGGCCUGCAUCAAUCAGAUUGGUAGAUAACCUCCAAUUCCAAUUCGCAGUUGCUUUAAAGCCAGAAAGUGAUUCUAGAUGGCAAACAAUCUUGGAUAAAAUUAAGAAAUUCUACGUCCUGAAGAUCAAAGGUUUCGACCAAGAAUCCAUGUGCGCUUGUACUCUAGUGUUUGAAGGUACUAAAGAGAAGACUGACAAGCAACAAACUUUCAUCUACAAGCUUGCAAAGGAGUACCACGGUAUGAAAGCCGGACCAGAGAAUGGUAUUAGAGGAUACUUCCUCACAUUCGUCAUAGCUUAUCUCAGAGAUUUUGCUUGUAAUCACAACUACAUCGCUGAGAGCUUUGAAGCUUCAGUUCCAUGGGAUAAGAUGGACAAAUUGUGCUACAAUGUUAAGGAUAGAGUCUACGCUUCUGCAAGGAACAAGGGAGUUCAAGGAUUCGUCUUUGUCUCAUGAAGAGUCACCCAAGUCUAUGAAACUGGUUGCACUAUCUAUGUCUACUUCGGAUUCUCUCUUGAAGGUCUCAAAGAUCCACUCCAUGCUUAUGAAGAAGUAGAACAUGACGCUAGAGAUGAGAUUCUCAGAUGUGGAGGAGCUCUCUCACAUCAUCACGGUGUUGGAAAGAUCAGAAAGUCCUUCAUGGAUGAAGUCGUCGGUGAAACUGGUAUUAGAAUGCUGAGAAGUGUCAAGUCUGAACUCGACCCAAAGAGCAUCAUGGGAUCCAGAAACCUUUUCGACCCAUAA